AUGAGAAUUGGCUUCCUAGGUUUGGGAACGAUGGGCACGCCCAUGGCCCUCAAUCUUCGUCGACAAUUUCCCGUCACGGUGUGGAAUCGAAAUGGUGCCAAAUGUACGCCCCUCAUCGAGGCCGGUGCUAAAGCGGCAAAGACUCCUUCCGAGGUGGUUGAGAAAUCCGAUGUCAUCUUCACAAUGCUCUUCGACGGCAAAGCAAUCCAAUCCAUGAUCGACAACGAACCCGAUAACAGUUUCAUGAAAGCCAUCCGUGGUAAAACACUCAUCAACACAAGCUCAGUGCAUAUCGCGUUCAGCCAUGAACUUGCGCAGCAGGUCCAAGGUGCGGGAGGGAAGUUUGUCGAAAUGCCUGUAAGUGGCAGUAAAGGACCAGCUGAGCAGGGGCAACUUGUAGGCAUGAUGGCUGGUGACCCAGAGGUUGCUGAGCAGAUCAGACCCGUUGUUAAGCCCAUCACUACUGCCGCGAUCUAUUGCGGUCCUAUCGGGUCAGGUUUAAAGGCCAAAUAUUCUAUCAACCUAUUCUUGGUCUCUGUGACAGCGGGUCUCGCCGAAUCGGUGAAUCUUGCUCGAGCUCAAGGUCUAGACUUGGAGGCCUUUGCACAGGUCGUCAACAGCAGUCCUUUAGCAUCUGCAUACUCCAGGGUCAAAAUUGCAAAGAUACUCAAGGGAGAUUGGACACCCCAGGCUGCCAUCAAAGACUGCUAUAACAGCACUGAGCUGAUCAAGUCGGCUGCGCAAGGCGUUAAAGUUCAAACUCCACUUGUCCAACUUUGCAAUUCUCUCUAUAGAGAAGCUCACCAAAAUGGUUUGGGGGAGGAGGAUAUGAUGGCCAUCUAUAAAAUGUUUGCUGAAACUCCGAGUAGAUAUGCUGAAUAA